AUGCCCAUCUACGUGUCGGAAUCCAUGGAGCAGGCCCGUGCGGACACCGAGGAGAGCACCAUGCGCGCAUUCCGCCGGACCGCCGACACUUACAUCAAGACCGUGGAAGCAGAAGGCGCCAGCGCUUCGGCGGAACGGCUCCAGCGCGCGGAGCAACUGCUGAACACCACCUACGAUGACCUGUUGGUGGAUCGGGUAGCCUACGGCAGCCCGCAGAUGGUGGCCGACCGGCUGAUUGAGAUUCGCGAUGAGCUGGGGCUCACCGGUUUCAUCAUGGAGCCCAACCUCGGCGGCAACGUGCCGGCCGAGCGCGUGCAAAACUCCAUCCGUCUGUACGCGGAAGAGGUAGCGCCAGCCCUGCGCGGCUAA